CGAGCAUAUGGAGAACCGCUUAUUCGCCAACUUCCAGGGACUAGGGUGCUGAAAUGGAACAAAUAUGUUUGAUCCUUUUGCUAAUAAGUAAGGCAUUGACAGUUGGAGCACAAUUCAAUGGAUACAACUGUGAUGCCAACUUCCACAGCCGCUUCCCUGCGGAGAGGGACAUUAGUGCGUACUGCGGAGUGCAGACAAUCACCCUCAAGAUCAACUUUUGCCCUGUGCUGUUCUCCGGCUACACCGACACCGAUCUGGCCCUUAACGGCCGACACGGAGAUGCCCACUGCCGUGGUUUCAUCAAUAACAACACAUUCCCCACUGUGGUCCUCUUCACCAUUAGCCUAGCCACACUGGAGGCAUGUGGCAAUGCCCUGGUGGUUUCCACGACUCAGGGGCCUAAUGCCUAUGGGAACCUGUCACUGGUGCAGAUUGGGAACAUAUCCGGGUACAUCGAUACGCCAGAUCCCCCAACUAUUAUCAGCUACCUGCCAGGACUGCUCUACAAGUUCAGCUGUAGCUACCCUCUGGAAUACCUAGUGAACAACACACAGCUUGCUUCGUCAGCUGCUGCAAUAUCAGUGAAGGACAGCAAUGGUACUUUUGUCAGCACUUUGAAUCUACUUCUUUACAAUGACUCGUCAUAUGUUCAGCAGUUGUCAAUCCCUAUGGCAGGGCUUACCCUGAAGACCCGCGUGUUUGCAGCUGUCAAAGCUACCAAUUUGGACAGAAGAUGGAAUGUUCUGAUGGACUACUGUUACACCACUCCAUCUGGGAAUCCGAACGAUGAACUUCGCUAUGACCUCUUUUUUAGCUGUGACAAAGACCCCCAGACAACCGUGUUUGAGAAUGGGAAGAGUCAAAUGGGACGUUUUGCCUUUGAAGUGUUCCGCUUUGUCAAGCACAAGAACCAGAAAAUGUCAACUGUCUUCCUGCACUGCGUUACCAAGUUAUGUCGUGCCGAUGAUUGUCCCAUGCUCAUGCCGAUUUGUGGUAGUAGAAAGAAGCGGGAUGUCUCAGAGAGAACAAAGUCAAACUCAGCAUCAGGAAACGCUGUCAUUACUGCUGGGCCAAUAAUCACAAGGAGCGAUGAAACUCCAAUGAACAACUCACAACUAGUGCAACUAAACAGCCCAGUGUUUCGGAUGAACACGGUGACCAGCGCACUUAUCUCAGGCAUCAUCAUCCUGGGUGUAAUGAGUCUGUGCUUCUUCAUCUUCUCCCUCACCCUCCUCAAGGGCAAGAGGGCUCCAUCGGUCAUCUUGCCAGGGGCUUGCAACCCAGCUUUCAACUAACCCCAGCCAUAGUCCUUGCUCUAAAUAUCUUGCCUUCUGCUCCCCAUGAGGACACUACAGUAAAUAGUAGGGGAGAGUGAUUCACAAUUGUGCACAAUAUCAGUAGAGUAUGAUGCCAACAGUACACAACUGUACACAGUUACAGUAGAGUAUGAAGUCACAUUUAUUUGUAGGAUAAAUGUAUGCUGUACUGUAUAAGUAAUGUUAGCAUAGCAAUGUGUAAUCUCAAGAAUGUACAUUUAUUUUAAUGUAUUGUAAUAUUUUCAUCCAAUUGACAGACCGUUUAUUUUAGGUGUUUGAUUUACAAAGUGGAUUUGAGUUUGAUUCAAUACCUCAGCUACAUGGCAUUCUAUUGCAGGGUAAAGGAUAACUGACAAAGAAAUACAUAUAGUGUAGAAUAAACAGGUCUAACACCAAUGCGCUUAGUUCGUAGCCUAUGGUACAGGAAGAAUUGUAAACGGUGUCCCUGAAAUUAUAAAAGAAACAGAAACUUAAAAACAAGGAACCUCUAAACAACAUUCUAUGCAAUAAUUAAAAUGUUCUGCUACCAUCUUGGGUUUGGAUUUAAUACAUUUCAUGCACUGUAAGUGUUGUAAUGAAUGCAACACUGACUUGAUA